AUGCCGUGCACAAUGCAUACACGUAAUUCGACUGCGAUAUUCAGCGAUGCAGAAUGGGAUGCUCGCUAUAACGAGCGAUUGCGAAUCGGAUCGGCUGUGUUUCUGAUUAUCGUGGGCUGUAUGAGUGUUGUCGGGAACGCUGUCACCUUUGCGGCACUAAUCAAUUAUCGUCGUCUACGGAAUCCCACUACAGUGUUUGUUAUUAAUUUGGCUGUGUCGGAUUUUUUAUUUGCACUAAUCACGACGCCACUGACGGCGGUAUGGUGUCUUUCCGAUGAUCGACUUUGGAUUUGGCGGCAUGUUGGAUGCCGAUUUUAUGUGUAUUCUGGACAUGUGCUUGCGUCCGUUUCACUGUGCUCAAUGGCUGCCAUUGCCGUUACGCGCUUGAUCAUCAUCAUUAAAAAGCGCCCGACCACCUCAAAGCUGAUCGACUGGAAGGCCAUUAAAGCCGGCCUGAUCUUCUGCUGGCUAUUCCCGGCCAUCGCCCUCAGCGCCCCCCUCCUCGGUCUGUGGGGCGACAUGGGCGUCAACGUCAACUCCAUCGGCGGCUGCACCUUCCUGCCCACCCCGGCCCACAACUCCCCCCGCAAGACCAUCUACGUCGUGGGCAUCUUGGUGCCGGUGUUCAGUAUCGGGAUGUGUUACGGCGCCAUCUUCUUCAUUGUCUGGCGCACACGGGCCCGCAUCCCGAUACUGGCCGCCCGUCGGCCCAGCGACACCCGCUUCAUGACCAUGGUGCGCAGUCGUGGCUGGAGUGUGGAGUCGGUGGAGGACGUGGAGCCGACGGAUGAGGGAUGCUUUCCGCGCCGGCUGAACAGUGUGCGGAACUUUGCCCGGGUGGUCUUCGGCGUGGAGUGGCAUCUGACGCAGAUGAUGGGCGUGACGUAUGUGACGCUGCUGGUGUGCUACAUUCCCAUUGUCUGCUACGAGAUUGUCCAUCCGAAUAAUUGUGAUGCGUCGUUGAAUGUGGUGGUGACGGUGCUGGUAUGGGUCAGCGGCAGUCUCAAUCCCAUUAUCUAUACCAUUAUGAGCCGGCAGUUUCGCAAGGCAUAUGCUAGUUUGUUAGAAAAGGUCAUCCACCGUAUUAAUCAUUGUGUUCGCGUCAUAUGAAACGGGAGAUUAAUUAAAGUUUCAGGAUGCAAGUUCAUGGCUCCAGUAGCCUGUUAAAUUAUUUGCAUGUUUUCUGUUAUAUCGUGUUUCUAUAGCCGUACUUUCGUAUCGUUUUCCACAGGCG